GAUCUGCGCGCGCAUAGACCGCCGUCCAAUGAAAAGUCGGUUGAAGUUUUAAAUCUCGCUGAGCGCUCGAGCGGUCGGUUAUCGUUAACGGAGGGAUGAUGGCGGAGGAGUCCGCCGUUAAAGUGUGCGUCAGGGUCAGACCUCUCAUUAAAAGAGAGGAGUCCGAGAGUCCCGAGCCAGUGCAGCUCUACUGGAGAGCCGACAAACAGGCCAUCCAUCAGCUGGACGAUGACGGAGCUCAGACCAAGAGCUUCAGCUUCGACCGCGUGUUCAGCGCUGAAGAGACCACCACUCAGCUCUACCAGGACUUCGCCAAGCCGCUGGUCGUGUCUGCCGUUGAGGGCUACAACGGCACGAUAUUUGCCUACGGACAGACGUCUUCCGGAAAGACCUUCACCAUGAUGGGAAGUGAGCAUAACCCUGGAGUGAUUCCUCUCGCCAUGGCUGACGUCUUCAAAACCAUUAAAAAUUGUCCAAAGAAAGAGUUUCUCCUGCGCGUGAGCUACAUGGAAAUCUACAACGAGACGGUCACAGAUUUGCUCUGCGAUAGCUGGAAAAGAAAACCUCUGGAAAUUCGUGAAGGAAACUACAAAAACGUGUACGUGGCUGAUCUGACGGAGGAGCUGGUGACGUCUCCGGAACAAGCCCUGUCCUGGAUCACCAAAGGAGAAAAAAACCGACAUUAUGGGAAAACAAAAAUGAACCAGCGUAGCAGCCGCUCCCACACCAUCUUUCGCAUGAUCUUGGAGAGCCGAGAGAGAAGUGACCUGGCGUCUGGUGAAAACGCUGAUGGAGCCAUCAUAGUGUCACACCUGAACUUGGUGGAUCUCGCUGGUGCUGAGCGGGCGAGUCAAACGGGAGCUGAGGGAGCGCGCUUAAAAGAAGGGUGCAACAUAAACCGCAGUUUGUUCACACUGGGUCAAGUCAUUAAGAAACUAUCUGAUGAGAGUCAGAAGGGCUUCUUGAAUUACAGAGACAGUAAACUCACCCGAAUCCUUCAGAACUCUUUGGGUGGCAAUGCCAAGACUGUCAUCAUCUGCACCAUCACCCCAGCCACUGUCGACGAGACCGUCAGCACUUUACAGUUCGCCAGUGCUGCGAAGCGCAUGAAGAACGACCCUCACGUCACCGAGGUCUCUGAUGAAGGGGCUCUCUUGAGAAGAUACCGCAAUGAGAUCGUCGAUCUCAAACGACGUCUGCAGGAGGUUUCCUCUGUCACACAAACCACUGCGACCGAGCGAGAGUCUCUGUGUCAGAUUCUGCAGGAGAAAGACCAGCUCCAGAGAGAGCAGGAGGACCGGAUCAAGAACUUAACCAAGCUACUCGUCACUGCCUCAAACGUCGCCCUAGUCCCUAAGGUUCCCAAGAGGAGAGUGACGUGGGGAGGGAAGCUGCUGAGAUCUGCUCAUCUCCUGAAGGAAGAUCUCGCCUCGACGGACAUGAGCUUUGCAGAGCCGUACAUCAAAAAGAGAAGAGCUGAUUGUUCUCUGCCCGAUGAGGGAGAGGAUAUGGAUGAGUUUGACAGUCGGUUUGACUUCACCGCUCUGGAGGAACCUGACAUGGAGAUGAGCAGCAUCACUGUCCGCAGCUCCUCUGAAGGGAGUCACUUCCUAGAUUCUCCCCGAGCGAGCGAGCUGAUGCUGAAGGUGUCGUCUCUAGAGCGUCAGCUGGAGGCAGAGACUCAGAGCAAACGGAGAGCAGAGGAGAUGAGCGCUGGACUCCAGCUGGAGGUCUCUGAACUGCAGAAGAAGCUGGAAGCUCAAGAGGAGGAGAAGAACGUGUCUGAGCUGGAGAAAGAGAUGGAGGCGCUGCAGAGUCGACUCCAGACGGAGGUUCAGGAGAGACAGAAGGCUGAGGAGAAAAGCUCCUCACUGGAACUGAAGGUGGCAGAGCUGGAGAACCCUUCAGAAGCUGUCCAGCGCUGUGAGAUGUGUGAACAGCUGAGAAAACAUCUGGAAGAGACCAUUCAGCUCUGUGAGACUAUCGGCUUUGAGAAAGAUGCUGUCAUUGCUGAGCGAGACCUGAUCAAACACACGCUUCAGCUGGUGAACGAAGAUCUGGAGAGUCUGAAGGCAGAGAGAGACUCACUUCUGAAAGAUAAAGACGCUCUGCAGAAGGACAUUGACGAGAGGAAAGAUGCAGAGGAGUUUGAGAAACUGGAGCAGGAGAGCAAGAGAGAGUAUGAGAGAGAGUUGGAGUCUGAAAAUUCCAGACUGCAGCAGGAGUUAAAACAAUCGGAAGACAUGAUACAAAAGCUGAAGGCUGAGCUGGGGACGAUUUCAUCGGAGCUUCAGAAGAAGACAGACCUGACCACUGAGCUGCAGAGUUGUAGUGACAAGGAUCUUGUCCAGGAAGUGACACUUCUGCGGCGCUCUCUCGAUGAUGCCGAGUGUCUCAGUUUGGAGACCAAGAAAGAAUGGGUCUUCCUGCGGAGCGAGAACAUCUCCCUAAAAGAGCGAGACGCCAACCUGACUACAGACCAUGAGAAGAUGGAAGCUGAGGUGAAGAUGCUUCAGGACAAGCUGGAGCAGGAGAAGUCUCGCUUCAAGAAGAUGCAGACGGAUCUUCAGAAAGAACUAAUGGGCACCUUUGAUGAGAACACUAAACUGACCGCUCUGCUGGACGGAAAAGUGCCAAAAAAUCUGACAGAUAAUCUCGUGUUGGAGAAAACGGUGUGUGACUUGCGUAAGGAGCUUGAUCAGAGUCACGAGAGCGAGCGACGUCUGCAGAGUAAGAUAGAGGAGUUAGAGACUCUUCCUGUUAAAGUGGAUGAACUACAGAGACAGGUGUGCAGUCUGUCAGAAGAGCUGCGUUCUGUUAGAGAGGAGAGAGACGCUUUGAUAUCCGCUCGGUCCGAAGCUCAUCAGAGACUGAAAGAAGCUCAGGAUCAGCUUCUGAAGAUGGAGAGCGAUCUGGUUGAUGCUCAGCUGAAGGAAGCAGAACUGACCCAGCAGCUCACGGAGACAUCAGAACGCCUCCAGAACCUCCAGACGGAUCUCCAGCACGUCUCACAGGAGAACCGCACACGUCUGGCGUCAUUAGAGGAGGCCACACAGAAGUCGGUGCAGUUGAGCGCAGAGCUGGAGUCUGUCCGCGCCGAGAGAGAUGUGCUUCUGUCUGAGAAGAUGGAGGAAGUUCAGAGAGACCCGGAUGAGACGGAGAACCUGCGACGCACGAUCAGCUCGAUAACUGAAGAGCAAGAGCAGCUCCAGCAGAUUCUGCAGGGCCUCCGAGACGAGAGAGACCAGCUCAAGAGGGACAUGGAGGAGAACGUGGAGAUGAUGAUCGAGACUCAAGCAGAACUGAGAGAUGCUCAGGAGAAGGUGAAGGAACUUCAGGGAAAGCUACACAGCCUGGAGUCACAGAGAGAAGAGAAGAGCUGUGAAGAUGGACAGCUGGACAAACUACACGAUCAGAUAAAGCAGUUAACAGAAGAGAAGGAGCGUCUGCUGUCUGAGCGAUCGGACCAUCGUGAGCAGUCAGACGUGAUGGAGAAGAUGAAAGCAGACGUCACGUCUUUAACAGAAGAGAGAGAUCAGCUUCAGGAGAGACUACAGCAGCUGGAGAGGGACAAUACUGAGACGAAAACACAUCUGGAAGAGAAACAUGAGACGGUGAGAAGAUUUUUUGUUGUGGUCUGGCUAAGAGGAUCAGGACACCAGAAGCGGCGGAUCUCAGCCGCCUUCAAAGACAAACUUGUCAGAAUGGAGCUGGAUCACAUCGCUGUCACCACAAGUCAUGAGAAGGGAAGAAAGCAGCUGGCGGAGGAGCUGGAGUCUCUCGCUGGUUUGAAGGAUCAGCUGGAGAAUGAGAAGAUCUGUGCCGAGAAGCUCCUGGAGUCUUUACGAGACGCCACACAAGAGAGAGAUCAGCUCAGACGAGAACUGGAGGCAAAGAUGGAGAAGCUGGCACACGCUGAAUCAAAAGCAGAGCAGCUGGGCAAGCAGAAGAUCCUGCUGGAGUCUGAAGUGCAUUCUCUCAGUCAGUCUCUCACCGAGCUGAACUGCAGCGUGUCUGCGGAUCAGUCCAGACACACAGCUGCACAUCUGAUUCCUGAGAUUGAGGCGUCUGGUGAGAAACUGCAGGCGGUCUUUGCAGCGCUCCAGCUGAUCAUCGACCGUCCCACUAAUGCUUUAGCGGCCAUAAACCGUGAAGAAUGGGCCGUGAUCUAUCAGCUGCUGCAGAUUAUUCCAAAGACUCAGAGAACCGUCGUCGUUACACACACCAAGAAAACAACCAGACUGAACCAUGUGCUGAUCAAGAGUGCGGAGGCUUACAGGAGACUGGCGCAGUGCUACAAGACUCACUUCGAGACGCAGCUGCAGCGUGACGUGGCUUCGUUUGAGGAGUCUCGCCUGCAGGACCUGCUCACGCUCACGGCUCAGUGUCCGGCGCAGUCCUUCCGCUCGCUCCAGGGGGACGUCCAGCAGGUCUGGGAUCAGAGACUCACACAUCUGCUGGAAAGAUGGCAGCAGUACCUGCAGACGCUGGAGGCCGGUCUAAGGCUUCUGGAGGAGGGUUUAUCCAAACACGCAGUGACGGUGUCGGAGGAGCAUCAGCACAGGAUCCGUGAUCUGGAGGAGCUCAGGUCUCUGCUGGGAUCUCCUCAGGCCUCCGCCGUCAUACAGCUGCUCGAGCGACAAAUCCCUCGCCGCUCCAGAGCCACCGAGCAUCUCAACACCUUUUAUUUCGCUCUGUUGAAUCGAUGCGAAUCGUGCGCUCCCCUUUCACACCUAACCGCCGAGUCUGAGCAGCAGCUGAAGGAUCAGAGGAGACACACUUUAACUCUGCUUCAAGCCCAACACGACACGCUGCCCAAAACUGAGGCUGAACUUCUGCGGGACAAUCAGCGCGUGUCACUGCAGCUGCAGCAGACGCAGAAACAGAUGGAGGAAAUUCAGGAGCAAAUGAAGGAAGUGAAGGUCCAAGCUGAUGCGUCAGAUCUUCAGCUCCAGGAGCUCAGUAACCAACUGAAGGAGAAGGAAGCCCGGAUCCGGAGCCUGCAAGACAAACUUAAAGAGUCAGAGGUUCUGGCUAAGAGGAGCAUGACACCAGAAGCUGCGGAUCUCGCCGCCCUCAAAGACAAACUGGUCAGAAUGGAGCUGGAUCACAUCGCGGUCACCACAAGUCAUGAGAAGGAAGUUGCACAGAUGACCUCUGUGUUGGAGCACAGAGCCGAUGUCAUCCGCAAGCUGAAAGAGACCCUGAGGAAAAUGCAGCAGGACGAUGAACAGUCAUUCAUAGACGGCGAUGAGUUUGACUUUAAAGUGUGUCCGAGCACCAGAGCGGUCACGUCCCUCAAAGAGAAGCAGAUGGAGGAGCUGCAGAAGAAGAACGCUCAGUUUGAGAGUCUGGUGAGCAAGCAGCAGGAGGAGAUCAACAAAUGGAAGCGGAGAGCGUACAAGAUGAAGGAGAGCCAGCGAGACGCUCCGUGCACGCCAACCAAACGCCUUCCUCCUCUGACAGAGACUGAGCUCAACUCGCCCAAGAGGACGUUCUGUGACGUGCGCUCCAGCGUCCCCCUCAAGCGUCCCACACAGUUCACUGAUGACUCCAGCCUCGGGGCGGGGCCAGAGGAUUCCUGUACGCCGGCCGAGUCCUUCGUGGAUUCUUCAGACGGUGAUGAAGACGAUCCCAGCUCCAGCGCAGCAUCACAUGCAGCUCCAGUAAAAGACUGGUGGCAGAUUCCGAACUCUUCUCCAGUGAAGCCUGAUGCUGGCGGCAGUGCUAACACCUGCCCAACACAGUAAUCGACGCUGUUUGUCUUUUUUUGUAUGUUUUUGUUGACACUUUGUUUUAAUGUAAAUAAAGUCAGUGUUUAAAGUG